GUGGCGUUAAUGCUCCUAAAUGCUGGUUGCCAAACAAAUCAAAAGGAGAAGAAGGAGAAGCAGCAGCAGGAGGAGAAGAAGAAGAAGAAGAAAACAAAAACUACAACUACAACUUGGAUUCUUCAAGAAGAACGCAUCGCUAAACAUGGCGCUCAAGUCAGGAGAGGAGCGGCUGAAGGAGAUGGAGGCAGAGAUGGCUCUUUUUGAGCAGGAGGUCCUUGGUGGUCCAGUACCAGUGUCAGGAAGCCCACCUAUAAUGGAGGCAGUACCUGUAGCUCUUUCUGUCCCGGCAGUUCCAGUAGUGCGACCCAUUAUAGGCACCAACACCUACAGACAGGUCCAACAGACAUUAGAAGCCAGAGCUGCUAGUUUUGUUGGUUCUCCACCACCAGCCUUUGUGGGACCAGUCCCUCCAGUACGUCCUCCCAUGUUGAGACCAGCCUUUGUCCCACAUAUCCUGCAGAGACCCGGUGGUCAGAGGCUUCAGAUGAUGCGUGGUCCUCCGAUAGCACCUCCUCUUCCCCGGCCUCCUCCACCUCCUCCCAUGAUGCUCCCUCCUCCCCUGCAGGGCCAGACACCUCAGGGUGCUUCUCAGCCCAUUCAGAACAUGGCUGCUGCACCUCAGGUCAGUGAUAUGGUUUCAAUGGUGUCAGCACCAACGACAAGACAGGGAGCCCUGCCUCCCGUCAAACCGACACCGUCAAUCAUCCAGGCAGCACCUACCGUGUACUCUGCACCUCCGGCCCACGUUGGACAUAAAAGAAAUGAUAUUAGAGCUCAGCGACAAGCCAGAAUGGAAGAACUGGCAGCACGGGUUGCAGAGCAGCAGGCAGCAGUGAAGGCAGCAGGUCUACUGGACAAGAAGGAGAGAGAAGAAAACAACGUCAUUGGACCAAGCAUGCCUGAGCCUGAGCCCCCCCACACUGAGCCUGUGGAGAGUCCUGCAGAGGACAAAAAGAAAGCAAAGGCGGAGAAGGUGAAGAAAUGUAUCCGCACUGCAGCAGGGACCAGCUGGGAGGACCCCAGUCUGUUGGAGUGGGAUCCAGAUGAUUUCCGUAUAUUCUGCGGUGAUCUUGGUAAUGAGGUCAACGAUGACAUUCUGGCCAGAGCCUUCAGUAGAUACCCGUCUUUCCUCAAAGCUAAGGUGGUGAGAGACAAACGUACUGGAAAAACCAAAGGCUAUGGCUUCGUCAGCUUCAAGGACCCAAACGACUACGUCAGAGCCAUGAGAGAGAUGAACGGUAAAUAUGUAGGCAGCCGCCCCAUCAAACUGAGGAAGAGCAUGUGGAAGGACCGCAACAUCGAGGUGGUUCGCAAAAAACACAAAGAGAAGAAGAAGCUGGGCCUCAGAUAGUUUAUGCAAGUGGACAGAUAACAGUAGUAAGAGCAUGAUCUGUCCAAUCAGGAGUUGCACUGACAGAUGUUUUUUUUUUUUUUUUUUUCUU